CCACUCUGUACACACACACACACAGCGAACUUGUGUGCACCUACCUUGGCGCGGUCGCGAUGAUCAAUGGUCACCGAUGACGCCGAGCGGCGAGUGUGGGACACUGCUGCGCACUCUUAUUUUGCCUAAUAACCUCUUGUGUGCGUGCGUGCGUGCGUGCGUUUGCGAUGCGCAGGCCAGAAUGAAGAGGGGCAGCGACUCAAGCUGCAGCGAAGACUCCGACUACAAACCCGGAGGGAAGAGGCAGUGGCGGAAGAUCGGCAGACCCGGACUGCCGACCGUGACCAAGCCACAUGGCCGGCCAGAUGAGAUUUUCCGCACCGACCUCAUCAGCGCCAUGAAGCUGCCAGACUCCGGAUCCUUAGUGCCGGGUCAGUUUUAUCUGCUCGCCGACCCCUGGAGACCAGAGUGGGAGCGUGGAGUCCAGGUGCCGGUUUGUCCAGAAUCCAUCCCAGUACCCAGCUUCAGGAUUCUGAACCACGGUUGGUGCAGCGAUCACUCGGAGGAGCCUCUGCCUCCGGCCCACCUCUCCGACCCCGACCCCGACGUGGUCAGGACCCCGGCCAGAGGUCACAACCCCGGGGAAGAGGCCACUCAGUACGACCUCGACGACGUGGACGUCAGCUGGCUCCGAGCCGCCAACGACGAGAUGACAAAAAUGGGACUGCCGCCGGUGCGCGAGCGCUCGCUGGAGGCGGCGCUGUCACGGCUGGAGAGGCGCUGCGCCGACUCGGCUCUGCGGGCGCUCAGCACCGAGGCGGCGCUGGGCAUCGAGUUCGACGCGGACGUGGUGUGCGACGUGUGCCGCUCCCCGCACGCCGAGGACGGCAACGAGAUGGUGUUUUGCGACAAGUGCGACGUGUGCGUCCACCAGGCUUGCUACGGCAUCGCGUGCGUGCCCGCGGGGAGCUGGUUGUGCCGCGUGUGCGACCGCGGGGUGGCCGCCCCCCGCUGCCAGCUGUGCCCCCGGCGAGACGGCGCCAUGAAGCCGACGCGCGGCGGAGGGAAGUGGGCGCACGUCAGCUGCGCCCUCUGGAUCCCCGAGGUGAGCAUCGGGUGCCCUGAGAAGAUGGAGCCGAUCACGCGCCUCUCACUCAUCCCCCCAACACGCUGGGCUCUCCUCUGCUGCCUCUGUCACGAGCGCACGGGCGCCUGCAUCCAGUGCUCGGAGCACACGUGCGUGCGCGCGUUCCACGUGACCUGCGGCUUCCAUGGCGGCCUCGACAUGGCCACCUUCCUGGACGAGCGCACGGACCGCGUCCGCUUCCGCUCCUACUGCCCCGAGCACACGCAGCGCCGGCAGCGCCAGCAGCAGCAGCAGCAGCAGCCGCCGCCUCCGUCGCCCUCGCCCUCGCAAUCCUCCGACAUCGGCACCCGAGGCUGCUCCCUUCCGCCGUCGCCCGAAUUCCCCCCGGACGCCGACGGCGCCGGCGUCGCCACCACGCCGACCGGCAGCACGGACUGGGAGUGGGAGCUCCCUGGCGGGCGACGGGCGGCCGACACCGGCGCGGCAGCGGCGCGACGCACCGGCGGCGGCGGCGACGGCGGCGGCGGCGGCGACGACGCAGUCGCGGAGGUGCGCAGGGAGCGCUUGCGGCGCCUGGAGGAGGAGUUCUACACGCUCGCCGGCGCGGCGGACGCGGCGCCGGCCCUGGGCCGCGCCGGCUCCGCCAGCGCCGCCGCCGCAGACCUCGUCUACCAGUUCUGGAAGCUGCGCAGGAAGAGCGGCUUCGACCGGCCCCUGCUGACGACUCCGUCCGUGCCGAAGCCGGCGGCCGUGCCGGAGCCUCGCAGGCCUCCGACCCUCCCGGCCAAGACGAUGUCGUCAACGUCGUCAUCGUCGUCGUCGUCGUCGUCAUCGUCGUCCCCGGCUCACGCGGGCGCCGACGAGGUGGAGGGGCGCAGCGAGGAGGACGGGGAGGACGAGGAGGAUGAUGACGAUGAUGAGGAAGACGAAGAGGAGGAGCGCCACGCGGAGGUGGCGCUGGUGACGACGGCGGCGACGACGACGACGACGACGACGACGACGGGAGAGGAGGAGGAGGAGGAGAGCGCUGCCCAGCGGGACAUGAACUCCCUCACGCACCUGCGGCAGAAUCUCGAGCGGGCCAGGAACCUCUGCUACAUGGCGUUGCGCCGGGAGAAGCUCAAGAGCGCCCUGGCGCGCCUCCACGAGCAGCUCUUCUGGAGGCGCGUGCAGCUCGCCCUGGCGUCUCCUUCCGCCGCCGCCGACGACGCCGCCGACGACAGCGGCCUCUGCGCGCGGCCUUCCCUCGAGGGCACGGCAAGGAAAACCCGGCGCGCUCCGCGCGAUCGCAAAUCCCGCGACAGCAGCGGCGGCAGCAGCAGCGACGGCGGCAGCAGCGGCGCCGGCGACGGCGGAAGCAGCGCCGGCGACGCCGACGGGCGCCCGGGGGCCCCGCGCCGGCGCAAACGGCGCCGCCGCCGCCACCGCGCUCGCUCCUCCUCCUCGGUUGGCCGGCGACGGGGCCCCGGAACCGGCACGGACACGGCGAGCGCGGGCCCCCGGCGGAGGGGCCGACGUAGCAAAUCGACGGCCGGCGCGACCGCGGCGGCUUCGGCGGCCGCCGGUGCCGCUGCGACCGCGGCACCGGCGGCCGCGGCGGCCACGGCGGCGUCGAAAAGGAGCGGAGCGCAAGCGGCGGGUGCGGCGAAGGCCCGCGCGGCGCGCUCCGCGCCGGCGGGGCCGUCCACAAACUGGGGUGGAUUCCGCAUUCCCAAGAAGCCAGGAGGGGCCGGCGGCGGCAACGGCGGCAACGGCGCCGGGACGAGCGCCGGGGAGGUCGCCUUCCCGGACUUGGAGGAGGACGUCGCCGGACGGGACUGCGAUUUGGAAGCCGCCGAUGAUGCUGCCGCCGCCGCCGCCGCCGCUGAUGCUGCUGGGGUGGAAGGAGAUCCUCUUGCCCAGGGGUCGCUAUGGAGCCUUGCGAGUGCAGCCCCGGGACGCGAGAUGUGGUCGUUUGUCCGGUUCCGGGCAGACAGCGGCGACCCCGUUAAAGCCGGGGUCUCUAUUAUAUGCUGAGAAUGCUUCUGUGCAGCGUGACACUACUGACAUUCAAGAGACGAAGGUCCCCCCUAUAGCCUGUAACAGACUGUUGGGACAAGUGAUUUUAGCGAUUGGCACACAUGACGGACGGCACGACACACGAGGGGGUGAGUGGCCAGCACCACGCCCGACGGCCUUUGUCUCCCUCGUGCCGAUGUUCACCGCACACCGCACCAGGUCGAGUCGACCUAGGGGAGGCCCAGGACCGGUUCAAAUAAUCGUCGCCGGUGUUGGCCAUGAGGGGGAAUCGAACUCGGGUCGCCGGGUUCGUUACGCGGCGUGCCGACGGCUCGCUGCGCUACUGCUCCCCCACCCCACUACACACGCACACACUAACACACACAUGCCCCCCCCCCUUCCCCCCCCCAUUUUGCCUUACAGACUGUUGAGGCAAGUGCUGUUGUUAGCGAACACCCUAUUAAAGAAGGAUUCCCCUACCAAAAACGAACGCC